CGGGGCAGAACGCUUCCAGCCCACUGGAAACGGGACAGAAGCAGCAGCAGCAGCAGCAGCAGCAGCAGCGAUGCUUUGCCGAAUGCACCUCGCACCAUUCGCCUCCAGCUCCCUGGCCAGCCGGCUGGGCACAGUGAGGACCCUCUGGCCACACGCGGAGACCAUCUUCACCGAGCUGCAGCAGGAGAUGGAGAAAGCUCGGGAGUUCAUGAGCAGCUUCGAGCAGCUCCUGAGCAACCACGGAGCCAUCGCCGCGGAGCGCGCCCCGAGCACCAGCACCACCCUGACCCAGGGCUCUGGGGACGGCUUCUCUGUCUGCCAGGACGUCAAGAACUUCACUCCCGAGCAGCUGUCGGUGAAGGUGGUGGGCAGGAAGGUGGUGCUGGUGGGGCAGAAGGAGACGCAGAACGUCGAUGAGAAGGGCUCCUUCUCCUACAAGUACGAGGUGCUGAAGCGGGAGUGGGACGUGCCCGAGGAGGUGGACGCCGAGGCACUGACCUGCUCCCUGUCCAAGGAUGGGCAGCUGCGCAUCGAGGCGCCCAAGCUGGCACUGCCGGCCGCUCCCGAGAGGAACGUGCCCAUCCAGGUCAGCCCUGCUGCCCCACAGACCAGACCAGCUUCUGAGGAGGGAGCCACCAACAAAGCCCAGGUGUAACAGGAUGGGACCCGAUGGCCACGGCAGGACCGGAGCAGACGGGAGCAAGUCUCGGGUUUAAGCCCUGACAAGCUUCAUCAGCAAUGAUGUCAUUUUUUUUUCACUAUACUGGAAUGUUUUUGUAUCCAAUAAAAAUAGUUUUGCAUUGAA